AUGUCUGGAUUGGUCCCGCUCAAGUCUUGUGUCACUAAUGAGUGUGUAGGUGACUCGCUAUCCAAGUCCGAGUACACUGUCGUCAACAUUGGCGGACCCGAGAACCCUCGCCUGAUUACAUGCAUCAAGACAUCUCAAGGCUUCGACUGGAACCAGGACAUCUUCCUCCCCUCCUACCUCGACUACGACUCGUCAGACCUCGAGCACAGACCCGAUCCCGUCCAAGAGAUCAUCCUCACAGAUGAGGAGGCUGCAGCCAUUCUUCCCAAGUAG